AUUCAAUUGAAAGACUAUCUCAGCGCCUCAAAACCCAACACUACCACAGAUGAAGCUGUCAGUGUUGAUCCUGCUGGUCCUGUUGGCUCUGUGCUCAGCCAGUCUUCAGGAUAGCUCACACCACAAAAAUGUCUCCACACUAGACCUAGCACCAGAGGACAGGACCCAUGACAUCACCUCUGACAGAACAACUCUCACACCUCGAUUUCUUCUGUCUUCUCUUAUGUUGAGAAAGAAGAGACAGGCUCAACCUUCUACCUUGUUCGGUGAUAGCGCCAACCUGAAAUGGGUGAAAUGGGAUGGCUCUCUCCCUAACGGAUCUGUGUCCAUUUACAACCAAUAUGCAAAACGCUUUGACUAUGUCUGCAUGGCCCAGUGUGAAGCUGGUUUCUACAACUCUGCCAUGGGUAGUACCUGCCACUACCCUCUUCAUAACAAAGAGCUUAGAAGCUUAAACUUUGAGAUCUUGGUGAACAAAAACGAGUUUGAAGUCCUGGAGUGGAAGCACGGUUCCUAUGGUUCAGUGCCCCAACAUCCAGUCAGAACUUGUUCCUCGACAGACAUAUAUGUUGCGAAGAAUAAGUAUGGUCUUGGGAAAGUGCAUGCUAGGCAUAAGGCCUUCUUCCUUCCGUGGAAAGGUUCUGAGUACUUUUACAAGUACUACCAGGUCCUGACCAUUAGCCAAGAUGUAUACAGCGAGCACAUCUAUGACGUCAAGUACAACAUUAAUGGGGCUGUACUCUUAAAGUAUCCUCCAGAGACCAUGCACAUCACUGUGCUCACAAACAAUGAGUGCAAGUCAGUGUUGAAAAUAUGUACUCUCUCAAAGACAAGUCGGUCUGAGAACAGGUGGGACACAGACUUCUCCCUCAAGUUCGGUGUCAAACGUAGCUUCUCAGGAGGUGUCCCAAAUAUCGCAUCCGGAGGUAUUGAGGUCAGCGGUGAGGUGUCCUUCACAUUCAAAUAUGGACAAACUUGGACAGAGGAGUCCUCCCACUCUAUUGCUGUGGAGGUUAGCGUCUCACCACAACAUAUCUGCAAAGUCCGAAUGUUGGGAUAUAAGUACAAGGCAGACAUCCCUUUUACUGCACGCCUCAGACGCACCUACAGAGACGGGAAGACCACGUGGACAUCCACCUCUGGGACCUACAAUAGCGUCCAAAUUGGAGAAGUCCAUACUGUGGUGGAGCGCUGUCAACCUUUAAGUGAUGUCAUACCUUGUCCCAUUGCUAUAAAUUAAUCUUUAACUGGACGAGAUGGUUUCAGGUUCACUACCAAAAUAUUCAAUUAAACAGGGUCAACUCAAAACUGUCUGCAGAGCAACUGAAGUACAACACAAAAAUCAUCAAUUAUAUACUAAUUGUAACUCCUAAUUAUAUGGAGGCUGAUGGUGAGCCUUUGGUUUCAAAACUUAUUAUCACCCUGUUUACCUUCUCCUGCUCACAAAGCAUAUCAAUGCAUACUUGUUUCAAUCCAGCUUUUUCCCAAUACAUUAGCUACAUUCCAUUUGAUGGUUUAUUACCUGCUAUACAUAACAUCUCCAUAUUCCUGCUCUGUUUCACCUCAGUCUUACACAUAAUAUAUUGAGUAAUGUUGUGUACUAAAAGUAAAUAUUUAAUUGCAGAAAUACACAGUUGUCAUUAAUUAUUUAACUUCAUAUUUCACAUAUUGAUAAUUCCAUUCAAUACAUUUUCUUCAACAUCCACAAACCUCACCAUGAGUUAGUUUGCAUAGAGUAGGAUAUUCUGAAUCUGAUCCUGACUUAAUGUGCGUAACACAAAAAUAAUAAUAAAAUGUGUGCCUUGUACAUGUUUGUACCCAAUACAUAUCAACAUAUGUCCUGUAUUGCAUGGUGUGACAGUGCUAACUGGGAACAGUUGAGGCCCUGGCAGUUGGAUUUUGUGUUGCCUUGUUUUGGACCUUACAACACCCACACACUCUCACAUCCUUUACUCAUGCACACUUACACCACUGGUUAUACUGACAUCCACACCCCACAUUUCAAUCAACACUUUAAUUGACCUAAUUUGGUUAAAUUUGGUUCAGUAAAAUAUAUUUUUGUUUAAACUUUAUCAUAGUGUGUCUCCUGUCCGUUGUGGCCUAAGAGUAGGGCAAUAACAACAGAGACGAACAAAACCUGCCUUCAUUUAUGCUGUUAGGGAGAUUCUUAUUAUAAUUAUGCUUUUGAAUGUAUGGCCUUAUGUAUCAAGUAUUUUGUACUGAUCGCUUCAGAAAAGUAAUUUCUAUUGACAGGACAUUCAAAUAAUUGUAUUUUUCUGUAUUUACCUUUAUUUCACAUAUAAACUGCAAACGAUGUAGGUGUUUACGCUGAUGGAAACAGUUUGAUUUUGACCAGACAGUUGACAAGAGCUCUUUAUUGGUCCAAUAAAGAGCUGUAUUUUCUAUUUUGUCAACUUGUUCUGCUGUUCUGUUUGUUUACCAUCACAGUAACCUUUUAAUCUUUUGACUUGAUCAUUAAGAUGCUUUUUUGUUUUGUCCUGUUGUAUUGUAGAGACAAGAAAGGAAAAAUAGUACAUAAUUGUAAGCACUGGAGUUAUACAUUUCUAUUGAAUAAACAGAAUCAAAUCUU